UCUCUCCCUCUGGAAUGGCUUCCAUCUCUCGUGCUCUGCACUGCCCUGCUAAAUGCUGCUCCGUCAAGGAGAGCGGCGGCUCCAACAAGAAGAGCUCCGUCGCGGUGAAUGGAAGCGGCUCGCUCCAUGGCCUCAAGGCGGCGGCCGCCGAGGUGGCGUAUCCCCUUAGCGCCGUCACCGACAAAAACGCGGCGAUCGCACGCCAGAACAUUCCGAGAGAGAAGCAGCUGGUGGACCCCUUCCGGCAGGGCGUGAUCAUCGACGGCGGCGUCAGGUACCGGCAGACCGUGGUGAUCCGGUCCUACGAGAUCGGGCCCGACAAGACCGCGACGCUGGAGACCAUCCUCAAUCUCCUUCAGGAAACGGCUCUGAAUCAUGUUUGGAUGUCUGGUUUGUUGGGGGAUGGAUUCGGAGCUACUCAUGGGAUGAUGAGGAACGACCUCAUUUGGGUGGUCACAAGAAUGCACGUCCUUGUUGAUGAGUACCCAAUUUGGGGAGAGGUUGUGGAGAUCGACACUUGGGUUGGAGCAUCAGGGAAAAAUGGGAUGAGAAGGGAUUGGUUGAUUCGGAGUCGUCUCACCGAACGAGUCUUUUGUCGAGCUACAAGCACUUGGGCGAUGAUGAAUCAAGAAACUAGGCGACUUUCGAAGAUGCCCGAAGAGGUGAGGGAUGAGAUCUCUCCUUGGUUUAUCGAAACACGGGCGGUCCAAGAGGAGGCACUCAAGAAGAUCGAUAAGCUAGAUGACAAUGCAAAGUAUGUGAACUCCGACUUGAAGCCGAAAUGGAGUGACUUGGAUAUGAACCACCACGUAAACAAUGUGAAGUAUGUGAGGUGGAUGCUUGAGACUAUUCCCGAUCAAUUCAUGGAAAAUCAUCAACUCUCGAGCAUUAUCUUGGAGUACAGAAGGGAGUGCGAUAGUUCCGAUACGGUGCAAUCUAUUUGUGAACCCGACGAAGAAUCCAUCCCUCGCGACAAUAACAUAAGAUUCCUCACGGGAUUCUCUCUCGCUCCGGAGUUUCUUGAUGGUAGUGGAUUGUUGGGAACAUUCGACAAAUGGCCAACGAGGUAUACCCAUCUCCUUCAAGUCAAAGGUGAGAAAAAGGAUAAGGAAAUUGUGAGGGGAAAGACCUCAUGGAAGAAGAAGAUGUUCAAGUUUUCAAAUUGUGAUUGAUAGUGUUGUUAAAAAUAAUAAAGUUU